AUGAGAAUUAAAAACUAUACAUGGAGAAAUGUUGGGGAUGUACCUUAUCCAGUCUAUGAUUUUGGUGUUAACCUAAAUGGCGCUGUACAUUGGAUAGAUUACAGUCAUAAGAGGGAUACAAGUAUCUAUUCGUUUGAUAUUGAUGAAGAGCAGAUCCAUCCUAUCCCACUUUCUCUUGAGUUGAGAAACACCUAUUUGGAUGAGGUUGAUUUGGGGGUGUUGGGAAAUUAUCUCUCUAUAUAUCAAAAUUCCAUGAAUUAUCUUGAUAUAUGGUCUAUGAAAGAUUAUGGAGUAGCCGAGUCUUGGACUAAACUCUGUAUUCUGAAAACGUCAAUUCUACACGAGGCGCGGCUUUUUCCAGUCACAUUUUGGAGAGAUGGAGAGAUCUUGAUUUCAUGCAUGGAUGGUCUUCUAGUUUACUAUAAUCAGGAAAAAGGGAAUUUUACUGCACUCAAGGUUUAUUACCCAAAAGAAAAGGUACAUGAGUACCAUGCGUUUUCCUACCGUUCAAGCUUUUUCUCACUUAAAGAUGUUGCAAGCAAAGCAGGUUUGAGGGUUGUGGAUGUCAAGUUCAAAAAGUAA